UAUUAAAGAGUUAGUUAUAUAUUGCUUAUUAUAAGUUAUGACUAACGAGGAGUUAGUAGUGAAGAUCUAAAUAUAUGUAUGUGUAAAAGUAGUUCACCCACUCACAAUAAACUAAAUCCACAAUACAUGUAAAAAUGAAAUAUCCUUCUUGCAUAUAUAUUUGUUUGCUCAAACUUGUGCACUUUACUCAUUAGCCUCUUACAAAAAUUGCUACCAUGCUUUCAUUUCUUAUCAAUUCUUUGCCUCUCUUGCUCUUGUUAUUUCUUUUCAUAGUUCCAUCUUCAUGUCAUAAUACCGUAAACUCCAUGAUUAAAUCACCUUCUAAUAAAGUCCACCACAAACAACAUCAGCCUCAUGCAUGGCAUAAAUUCCGAAAACUUGCUAAUGCUAGGAAAGGUAGUCGAGUUGAAGACAUCGCGGAGCUCAAGAGUUACUUUCAACGUUUUGGUUACUACGACCAUCCUAUAACUUCCAAGGUUGAUUUUUCCAACGAAUUUGACGACCACUUGGCAAAUGUUGUAACUCGUUACCAAGAAAAUUAUGGCUUACCUGUUACUGGCACUCUUAAUCCUGAUACGCUUUCUAUGAUCAUGUCUCCUAGGUGUGGCAUUCCGGACCACCCUAAUGGUAUCAAGAGGUCAUCACCUUCGUUGCAUGAGACUCGACACUACCUAUAUUUUCCGGGGAGACCAAGGUGGAAUCGCGAUAUACCAAUGACGCUUACAUAUGCAUAUUCCCUAGAUGACUUGAUCACUUACUUGAGUUUGCAUGACAUAAAAGGUGCAUUUGAGCGCGCUUUUUCAAGAUGGGCGUCAGUUAUUCCUGUAAAAUUUGUUGAGACUCAAGAUCUUGGCGUAGCAGACAUUAAAAUAGGGUUUUACAAAGGUGAUCAUGGCGAUGGAGAGCCAUUCGACGGGGUCCUAGGGGUGUUAGCCCAUGCCUUCUCACCCGAAAAUGGUAGGUUUCAUCUUGACGCGGCUGAAAAAUGGACAAUCGAUUUUGAUAGAGAAGAUUCGGAUGUGGCGGUGGAUUUGGAGUCCGUGGCAUUGCACGAAAUCGGGCAUUUGCUAGGGUUGGCACAUAGUAACGUCAAGGAAUCAGUCAUGUAUCCAAGUCUUAAGCCUAGAGAAAAGAAACUUAAAUUGAGGUUUGAUGAUAUUGAGGGAGUGCAAUAUCUUUAUGGUUCCAACCCCAACUUUACUAUAGGAUCUUUGUUAGAAUCUGAGACUUCUUCAUCUCAAUCCUUAAAUUGGAGGGAAGGAUUGCAAAUACUAACCACCUUAUUGGUAAUUUCAAUUAUACAUUUUUAUCAAUGAACCUUUUUUUUUUUUUUUUUUUUUUAUUAUUAUUAUUUGCUGAAUGAAGUUAUUUUUUGGCAAAUUGAUUAUCAUAUGUAUACAUGUCAUGUAGAUUGAAUUGAGUGAUUUUUUUUCAUUCUAGCUGUACCUUGUAUAUGUAUUUAGUAUGAUGUAACAUUUGGUUUUAGGCAAAGUUUUGUAUGACAACAACCUUACAUCUAGUAUUAGCCCAAGGCAUGUAAUGUUUAGGAAUUCAAAAUCAUAUUUCUUAUAAUUAUAUAUACUUUUAAAUUGUUAAUAUUUACUUCAGAGUGUAAGGA